AUGUCGUUCAUUGUUUCGUUUAUGAAGCUGAAGGUGGCAGCAGUGAACAUCAGCUUCUUCGUCCAACUCUUUCCUGUUCCUCAGUUUACUCCUACUGAUUUCUACAUUCCCAUCAAUUUCAGUGCGCUCUGGAGAUUCUUGUGCAAGUGGCUCCCGUGUACCGCCAGAACCGCAUCCCGCAGUCUCGCUGACAUUCGCCAACACGUGCACGGCAGCUCGCGCGCUCGUUGCUCUACAGCAGCAGCAACGGCAGCGGCGUUGUCCCGCACAACACGAGCAAACGGCGUCCAGCACGGGACAGAGCCCGCACCCUCUCACUGCAGCAUGGCAACCGAGUUUCACAACCUCCAGGACAUGCAGCACACUGCAUCGCUGGUAACAAAGGUGUUCAUACAACGAGACUACAGCGAAGGAACCGUGUGCCGAUUCCAGACCAAGUUCCCUGCAGAGCUCGACAACAGGAUAGAGAGAGCUCUGCUUGAGCAGACAGUAAAGACCCUGAACUCUUAUUAUGUGGAGGCUGAGAAAGUUGGCGGUCAGUCAUACCUGGAAGGAUGCCUGGCUUGUGCAACAGCAUACAUCGUCUUCCUCUGCAUGGAGACACGCUAUGAGAAGGUCUUGAAGAAGAUAUCAGGCUACAUUCAGGAGCAGAAUGAGAAGAUCUACGCUCCGAGAGGUCUGCUGCUCACAGACCCCAUAGAGAGAGGAAUGAGGGUUCUGGAGAUCAGCGUGUUUGAGGACCGGGGCUCAAGCGGCUCGAGCCCCAGCAGCAGCAUGUCAUCGUGCAGCACUGCACGGUGACUGGAGGAGCAGCACCAGGCUUACGGGUACCACCACAGAGGCAGCGGGACACUCACCAACAUCCGCAUGUUGAAACAUGAGAGCACCAGGUUCUAAAGACGAGCAGAGAGACGAGAAAUCCAAGGAGGUGAUCCACAAGAUUCACACGCUCUCCCUGUUGAGACCUUCGACUAAUCACCAUUGGAGAAGGAUCUGGCUUGUAUAAAAGCUGUGGCUACUUAAAAUAAUCAACCUAAGUCAAACAAAACCCACAUAUCAGCUUUGUGACUAAAUGCAAAAUCCAGCAUCUAAGAGGAUAAAACUUUUACUUUUGCAAAGAAGUGAAUCAUUUCUGUUCCAUUCCGUCAUGUCUGUUUUAUGUCCUAGCUUUGUCUGCAGGCUUACAUGAGUUUAGGCCUGUCAUCAGUGCAUGACUAGUAUCAUUUCACUGUCAUUAUUAUUCUGUGCUCAUUUUUUUAGUCAGGGUAUUCAAAAGCCUUUGCAGCAGCACCAGCAUCUAAAAUGAGGAUAACUUUACUGCGUCCCAGGAGACACGAUGUUCUUGCAUUUGUUUCAGGUAGUUGAGGUCAAGUCGCUUUGAAUGGUGGCAAAUUGGGCUUACCAAAGCCCAAAGGCUUUGUUCAGAGGUAUUUGGCAUAAAUGUCAAACUAAGAACAGUGUGAUUUAUUUAUCUUUCUUGUUCAUCAGAGUGGAUUAGGUGACCUGCAUCGCAGCUGCAGGCCAUAUAUGCAGACAUAUUCACAUACCAUGCCCAAGCAUUAGACAUACAGCAUAUGCAGUGAAGGGGACAUGUGUGCACAUGUAGUAUAUAACAAUGAGACACAUACGUGUGCAGCAUGUGCUUAUGCUUUCCUGCCCACACUGAGAUUAUUCUAGAGUUUGGAUAUGAAAAAGCCAGGAAAUAUCAGAACAUAUUCAGAGGUUUGGACAUUUUUUUUUCUUUUUGCUUUCUCUCUGGAUAAUAGUUCUUAUGUCUGGCAGUGUUUAUGACUUUGAAUACACUUGCAGUCUAGUGUGAGAUGAAAGCUUGCAGAUCUUAACACUGUCACAAACCCUUUUCCCUAAACAUACUUACUGGCUUCCUACGAAAGCUGAAAGAGAGUGGGCUGUUAUCAGUGAAGCUGGAGACUCUGCAGUCAUUAAGCCGAGAAAUGUGUUCCUGUUUGAGGGCUGGAGCUCGCAGGAGAAUGGGCCCACACAGAGUUAAAGAACUAAACCUUAUUUAGCCUGUGUUCACGGCUGUUAUGUAGAUGCAGAUUGUGUUAAUAAUUCAAACACAACAAAAAAAGGCGAAGCAUAAAACGUCUUGGAAUGCACUGCAUCCAACUGACGCACUCAGAGAAGAAGAAAUGUAGAAAAAAACAGUUCUGUCCAUUGUAGGGUUUCAAAUUUAGAUAAAAUAGAUUUUUUUAUUUUUUUUUAAUAAUGUUCUUAGAUAGUUGGCUAAUGGUUUAAAAAUUGUACAAUCUUUCUGCUGUGGCUUUCCUACAGUUUAAAGACUUUCGAAUGAGUUAAAAUGCUGGAGUAACCAGUUUUCCCCAUCUGUUUGCAGCAUAAAGUAACGCCAUGAUUCCCCUCUUUAUGAAUUCUUUUUUAAAGCUAAAUACAUCAUGCUUUACAUUUUUUUAAAUUAUUUUUGUGUAAGACCAAGAUUAUCACACCCUUGAAAUCUCAUAACUGCCAGUAUUUUAAAAACAAUGCAAUCCUACUUUCUAGUGCACAAAAUUGCAUUACGUGGAUAACUUUCGUAAUUCUCCCUGUAAUUUUAAAGGAUACAUUUUGUUUUCAAAUUAGCAGAUUUCUAAUGUGAAAAGUCAGUGCUCACUUUAGAACGACCUCAUUUGGACAGUGUAGGUCAAUUCUAAACUUUCAUUGACUUAAUAAAACUUAAAAUUUAUCUGCAACACAGUUUCAAGGACACCGUUAUCUUAACCUGCCUCUCAUAUGGAAAACCAUCAAUCAUAGUUGCGUAGCAUCAUCAAGUGUGACCAUAAUGUUGCAAAUAUUGACAGAGUAUCAACAUAACAUCCAUUUUGUUUGUCUAUGUUUAUCAUGUUGUUGUUGUUUUUUAGUGUUACUGCAGCAGCUGAUGCUGUUAUCUUUUGUUACUGAAUGUUUGACGGUAAACUGACCACUGCAGAUCUGCGUUUUAAGUGUUUUGAUUUAUUUCUGUGAAUAGUUUCACAUCAUUUAACCCUUGGAUAACUGAUCUAAACCACGAGAGUUUAGAUGUGCUUGGAUUUAGCCUCCUGUGCUUUCAUUUUUUGAUGCCUUCAUGUUUCAUACUGGUGGAAUGGAUAUCCAACCUGGUGCUGACGGACUGACCAAUUUAAAAGCGACUUACCACUGCCAAAAGGCACAUGAAGGAGCUUAUUGGACAAUGUAUAUUAAAAUGAGUAUAAACAGUCUGUGCAGGUAUGACUUUGUAGCUUUGAUUGUAUGCAUUUGUGAAUAGAAGAUAUUGGAUAUGUGAUACAAUAAUCCCAUUUCACUAGAUGUUAGUAAUUUGUUUCCUAUGGUCAUUAAGAAAAGGAGCAGCUAAAUGCAGACAAAGAUGUCGGAUUGUGUCAUUUGUGAGUCGUUAUUGAUUUGUCUGUAAAUCUGUUGAGAGUUUUGAUACUGUGGCUAACGAAGUUGAUAGUAAUAACGAGUUGAUGAUAAUGAUUCUCAGGGAAAACUUUUAACAGGCCAAUUUUAAAAGGUCUUAAAUGAGCAACAUGGUGAUGGCCAUGUUACUCAGCUGGUUGCACAAGCUACAAUGGAGUCUCUGACUGCAACUCCUCAGCCUGUGAUUAAGCUUUGCAUAGGCCUAGUAUUGAGCAAUUCAUUUUAUUUGGAUGUUUAGAAACAGGGAUUCAUCUUAAAGUAGCAUGUCAGUGGUUCCUGGGGAUUAGAGUUGGAGAAUCAUGAGUCUGACAAAAAAAAAAUCUAUCAACCUAUCAGUUUUCUUUUUGAUAUUAGUCUACUGAUGUAUGAAAAUCUUCCACAAAAGGUUCUGCUUCCAAUUGGUCUCAAAGUUGUUGUUUUUUUGUUGUUUUUUUUCACAUAUUUAAUAACAUUCUUGUCCAAAGUAUAGAGAUUAAGAAGUGAAAAAGUCACUAGUGUAUAAUCAAUCUUAAAUUUGCAAACAAGACAGCCAUUCAUAAAAUGUGAUUUCUAAAUAAAAUGUGAUUAGGAUUAACUUAAAAUAUAAAAAAAAAGACCACCAUUUUUAAAGAAAUCCAUAGUUUCUAUUCUGUGAGGGCCAAACAAUGAUGGGGAGCUCAUUUAAUAAUGUAACCUAUUGGCACUUUAUUUAUCUUGUACUGCAUUUAAGUGUGACACACCUUCAUUGGGUUGUACACAA